GCACACGGCCCUCUCUGUCUUUCCGUCUGCUGCUCGCGUACGUACACCGUACACGCCACAAUCAUUUUCUUCGUAUUCCUUGCGAUGUCUCAUCCCGUGUUGCGCGCUCACGUCUCGCGUCGUAACGUAUCGUUUGCCGAUUUGCAAGUCGUCGCCGUCGAAGAUUCCGCCGCCGAAAGAUUGUGAAAAACGAUACCAUGGAAUGGUAGUGUGGAACACCACUGUUACGGACCACCGCCGCCGCCGUCAUCGCCUCCGCCACCGCCGCCACGACCACCAACGCGGCGACGACAAUGGACAACAAUUCGACCCAGGAGUUUGAGUUCCUCGAUUUCACAGACAUCAAUGACAUGGAACGUGGUCGAUUGCUGCAUAUGCUGUAUUCUGCACGCAAUGAGUCAUGGGUGUCUGGAGAAGAUGGAUUCAAACAUCCUGAUUUUCCCUGGACUUUUCGCGGUACUCAACCUCAGGCACUUCCUCCGCCAGGUUUAAUGAAUGAAGUAGGCAACAUUACACAUAUUUCUGAUUGGAAUACAGCAGCAGAUGAAUAUGAUUGUGGUUAUCCGAUAGUUAAUGGUGAUACAGAACCUGAGAAUCCUGUGAUGAUAAAUGGUGGAAAUUUUGUUCCUGGCCCUCCUCCACCAGUUUAUCAAAUGGUGCCAAAUCCUCCAGUAUAUAUGGGCAACGUACCUCCGCCAGUACACGGAUAUGUCCCAUCUCAAAUGUCGCCAUAUCAGCAACCAAUGUAUCCUGGUCCAGAACCCCCUAUGGACCCAAAUCUUAGGCGGCCAAAUAUUUCCAGGAAUCCAAAAGGAAUCCCUCCUCUGCCAAAUGUAAAACGGAAUAAUGAUAUAGCCUAUCGACAUCCAGACAAUAUGGAAAUGGCCAAUUACCAAUCACCACCAACAUAUAUUGCUGUCCCUCCUCCACAUUAUUAUUAUUCACCACAAAAUAGUCCAUUAUACCUGCCACCUCAUCAUGGACAUCCAACAUAUCCCAUGUAUACUCAUCCACAUCCUACUUUAUACAAUCCAUACCAACAGCCAGGUCCUCCUAUGUACCAUUCACCACCGGCUGGUCAAGUACCCCAACAACCUCUUUUAGUCGAAUCAUGCAAACCUAAUGUUAAUCAAAUUCCACCAGUGCAUAAUAUUUACCCUCAAGUACCAGAAAAUGUUAAUGAGCCUCCAGUCACAUCUAACCCAGAAAUGUCAAUACCACAAGAUAAAGAAGAAGAGUUACAAGUUCAACCAGACCAUGUAGAAGUUAAUGAAAUUGUAUCAGAGGAGACAAGAGAUGAACAAUUAGUUAUUGUAAGUGAUGUGCCUAUUGUAGAGUCAAUUCCACCAGUUGAGUCUUGUGAAAAAAUUAAAGAACCACCGUCUAUUAAAACAAAAAAAAAGAAAGAAUUUGCCCCUAAUAUUUCUUCAGAUGUCGUACUAGAAAUCCAAAAACAUGAGAAAGAAGAAACUAAAACAGAAGAUGUUACUCCUGUUGUAGAAUUUAAAGAAGAAACUUCUGUAACUCAAGAACAGGCUUCUUUACCUUCUAUCCCUCCUGUUGUUUUACCUGAAGUUCAAGACACUGAACCUGUAAAACCAGUUUUUAAAACAUGGGCAGGACUAUUUACUGGAUGUACUAGUACAAGUAGUGAUAAAGUUUUCACAUUACAUGGUAGUAGCCAACCAACUACCAAUACAAGUACAGAAUCUGUAAUAAUGCCAUCAAGAAUUUUACCUGAUAAUGCAAUUCGAACUUCAGUAUUUAUAACUAAUAACCAAAAACAAACAUUACCAGUUAAACCUAGAUCUUCAAGCAGCAACUCUAUAUCUAAUAUUGAUGAUAAUACAUUGCAUUUACAAAGAUUAGGUGAAUUCCUUUCGGUUUAUAAUUUGGAUCAUAAAACCGCUCAUUUACAACCUCGAGGCCUAACAAAUCGUAACACACGUUGUUAUAUAAAUGCCACAUUGCAAGCUUUGUUAACAUGCCCUCCUUUUUUCAACCUCAUGAGAAGUGUACAAUUUAAACUCAAAAAUAGAAACAAUCGAGGACAACAAAAAACCCAAACCCCAAUUCUAGAAAGCAUGGUUCAAUUUAUUGGAGAAUUUCAACAACUAAGCAUUAAAAACGGUAGAACUACUCAACAGCAACGCCAAGCUACAUCAGUCGCUACUCAAGAAACACCUGAUACUGGUCCAGCUUUUGAACCCAGUUAUGUUUAUAAAAUAUUACCAGCUUUUGAAGAAGGCCGCCAAGAAGAUGCUGAAGAAUUUAUGAGUUAUCUUCUUAAUGGAAUUAAUGAUGAAAUGAUUGAACUAAUUAAAAUGAGCAAAUCUAACAUAAGCAAUGGUGAAACUCAAGCUGAAGUUGAUGUUAUUGAUAAUAACAAUGAGUGGAAAGAAGUUAAUGGUAAACAUAAAAUGGUGACCAGAAGAACAGUAAUGGAAAAAACUCCACUGUCUGAGAUAUUCCGUGGACAGCUACGUACUCGCACAGUAAAAAAUGGUGAAAAUGAACCGACUGAAAAUAUUGAACCUUUCUUUACACUUAAGCUAGACAUUGAGAAAGCAAAAUCUGUUCGGGAAGCUUUGGAUAUGCUAGUUAAUAAAGACACACUUGAAGGAUUGACUUGUCCCAAAACCAACCGAGAGUUAGAUGCAUACCAACAAGUUACUAUUGAUGAACUACCUUAUGUCUUGUUAUUGCAUCUUAAAUGUUUUGAAUACAAGCAACAGAAGCUGACUAAAAUUGUGAAAAACGUCGAGUUCUCCGUUGAUCUUAAAAUUGAACCUAGGCUCAUAUCAAAAAAUUCCAAGAUUAACAUGAAGACAAGACAGUAUAAGCUUUUUGCAGUUGUUUAUCAUGAUGGUAAAGAGGCAAACAAAGGUCAUUACUUUGCUGAUGUAUUUUAUGUGGCACUCGGUAGAUGGUUACGGUUUGACGAUGCGUCUGUACGUUUUGUCACUGACAAAGAAGUUUGUCAACCAAAACCCCCAUGUAUGCCGUAUUUGCUGUACUACAGAAGAAAUGACACAAUUGCUGCACUUUCAGCAUUUGAUAAUAAAGGCAGAUAGUUCGUUCUUUUUACAGACAUUGAUGUAUAGUUAUCAAAAUGAAAACCCCUUAGUGAGAUACAUAAUAUUUCUUAUGGAUAGAUAUUUAUACUUAGUUGGCCUUCAUAGACAUUGGGGGGUUUUUUCUUUUUUCUCUAUGUUGAAUCAUAUUAACACAGGGUUACUUUAAACAAAAAUGUUUUUAUUAUUAUUAUUAUUAUUAUUUAUUAAAACGUAAAUAACAAUAAUAAUAGUUGUAUUGUCUGAUGACAAUUUUGUUAGUUUUUCUCUUAAAAAAUACUGUCAUUUUUUUUUUUUAAGGCGUAUUUAAAACGUGACAAUGUGUUAAUGGUUAAGUGAAGUAUAGUUGUUUUUGCCUAUUUGUGCAAGGCGUUUGUAACAUAUUAUAAAUAUAAAUGAUACGAGACUAAAAUUACUAUUUUUUAUUAACUCAAUUAUUUGUUAAUAUAAAUAAAUUUUUUAAUUACAUAUAUUUUUUUCUUUGUAAAGUAUUAAAUUAUGUUUGUGUAUAUAAAUAAUUAAUUGUAAUGUAAAGUAUCCUAGAGAUUAUUGAGUCAUGGUUGAAUUUUUUUUUAAUAAUUAAAGAGAAAUUAAUGUGUAUAAUGAAAAUAACUUAUUGAAUACUGAAACCCAAUGGAAACGUUGAAUAUAUUUUUCAAAAAUCAUUGGCCUAUUUUAUAUACAACAUAUAUUAUAAACAAUAAUAUGCGUGCGUGUGUGUGUGUAUAUUUAUGUCAUUUCUUUUAUUUUUAUUCAUAUGCUUCUAAAACCAUUUUAAAUAGUUUAAAUUAUUUUAUUUGCUUUUUACUAUCAUGUUGUUUUAUUUAUUAUUUUCGGAAAAUGAUGUUUGAAUUUACUAAAAUAGGAUUGUAAUAAUGAUCUAUAUUUGUGUAAACAUCAUUUAUAUAUUUUUUUCUCUUGAUUACAGUAAUAAACUGUUAAUGGGUUUAAUUUAUGUUUAUUUUUUAUUAUUAUUAUAUUAUACUUUAUGUAAUUACACACAAAACUCAAUGGUCAUCUGUAAAAUAUAAGUGGUUUAAAAAAUGUAAACUGGGACUAUUGAGGGAAAAUAAGAACUAACCAAACAUGUCUCAUUAAAUUAUAUAAUUUAUACUUUAUUUAGUCACGACUGCAACUUUUAUAACAAAUUGUGAGCAUAAUAUUAAAUAUAUGCUUUAUAAAUUAUUAUGUUAACAUUUCAA